GGCGGGUAUACUUUGAGUCGGUCAACGAACUAGAAGCCUUCCAAGUCUUUAGAAGUUUCUGGGUUAUUGUGAAAGCACCAAAUUUAACAAAUUCGUUCGAUUUGGGCAAACAAUUAUCUUUGUUAAGUUAAAUUCUUCAACAGCAAGUCUCCAUUUUUCAAUUUUUUCUAUGAUUUAAAAUAAUACAACUUUUCCGAGGUGGGUUUAGCGUGAUUUUGAUAAAUUUCCAGACUCAUAUUCAAUCAAUAAUGUCUUCACCAGCAGAGUGGUAUAAUUCACUCCCUCCAAUAAGCAAGGGCUAUGGAACUCUGUGUCUACUGGUUACUACAGUAACUCAAUUGGGUAUACUCCAUCCUUAUUAUCUGGCAUUGAUAUAUGGAAGGGUUUUCAAGAGUUUGGAGGUUUGGAGACUAUUUACAAACUUCUUUUUCCUUGGAAAAUUUUCAAUCAAUUUUGGAAUUCGCCUGCUAAUGAUAGCAAGGUAUGGAGUUCAACUAGAGCAAGGGCCAUUCCAGAGGCGCACAGCAGACUUCUUAUGGAUGAUGAUAUUUGGAGCCUCCUGUUUGCUGGCAUUUUCAGCUAUCCCAUUCUUCAAUUAUGGAUUCGGUGCAAUAUCUCUUGUCUUCAUGCUUCUUUAUGUAUGGAGUAGAGAAUUCCCCAACGCGACUAUCAAUAUGUAUGGACUUUUCACCCUUAAGGCAUUUUACUUGCCUUGGAUGAUGCUUGCACUGGAUGUUAUUUUCGGUUCAUCUAUUUGGCCAGACUUUCUUGGAAUUGUUGCUGGACACCUUUUCUACUUCUUGACCGUACUUCAUCCUCUCGCUGGUGGAAAGAAUAUUCUCAAGACUCCAGUGUGGGUACAUAAGAUAGUUGCACGAUGGAGACUUGGAGCUCCUGCACCUUCUCGACCAUCAGCAGCAGCUGCUGGCCCUGCUCAACCGGACAGAAAUACAGGCGCUUUCAGAGGGAGAGCUUACCGUCUCAGUGAUUAAACAGAUGCUUGCAGCUAUGAACCGGUUCAAAAUGAUUCCAUUCAAUGCGUUCCUCGGUGCAGUAAACCUAUAAUGAAUCCAUUGGAAAAUUCUACAGAACCAGACACAAAACUAUAAAUGUAUUAUUGCUUUGAGCAUCCCACUGAGGGAAGAGAAUACAAUCUGCCUUAUUUUAGGAGGUGCUGAUAGACUGAUUCCGACGUCUAACUUGAUCUAGUACAGUUGAUGCAUCUGUUUAAUGAAUUUCAUAGAGGUAAAAAGAGAAAUCCAAUUCUGUUUUUUUUUUUUUUCUGGCUUUUAUUUUGACUGUUUUCGUGUUUACUUGUUAGAAUUUAGAUCAACUAGAUUAUGCUGAUUUAAGUCUUUCAAUUAUGUUGAGAAUUGAGUCUUGUUUCAA